AUGAGCUUUAUCCAUGAAAGGCGCACGAGGAAUCCACGUCUUCUUUCGCGAAACACCAUUAUCAACCUCCUUCGUUUCUUCUGGGUCGUUCUCGUCAUUUGGUGCGAAUUUGGCGUCUUUUUUUACAGUUUAUCAAACUGCAAGUGGCCAGAUAGGGAGUUGAAGGAGGCUGGAUCAACCGAAAAACCAACCCGAGUCCUCUUGAUUUCUGACCCCCAACUCCCGAAUCCCAGGCGUUUAGGGAUUUCGUGGCUCGGCUAUGAUGCAUCCUCUACUAGAUACUUACGCAAAGGCUGGAGCGUCGUAACUCGCUUGCAUCCUCACGCAGUUGUAUGGCUAGGCGACGUGCUUGCCUCUGGACGCUACGUUACGAGUGAAGACGAAUACGAAAACUACGUAGAUGAAUUUAAGGGGAUGUUCGCCACCGAUAAAUCCGUGCCGAACUAUUUCGUUCCAGGGAAUAGAGAUGUUGGUCUUGGAGAAUCUUCUGCUUUCUCAAAGAAUGCGCGAAAGUACUUUACCGAGUACUUUGGACCUGUGAAUCAGGAAAUCGAUCUGGCCGGCCAUAGGCUGAUUUUCAUCGACGCCCCUGGAUUAGUUGACGAGGAUUACCGCCGACAUGGGAUGGGCAAGCAGUAUGAGACUUGGACACCUGCUGUGGGUGGUCCAAUCGAGUUCAUCGCCUCCGUUACCAUCAAGGCAUCAUCUAGUCCCAUCAUCUUGUUCAGCCAUAUCCCACUGUCCCGACCAGCAAGUACAUCAUGCGGGCCACUUCGUGAAAAAGGCUCUAUACGAGCUAGUGCAGGCUAUGGGUAUCAAAACAUGCUCGGUAAAGAAACCACUAGAUUUGUUCUGCAUAUGCUACGUCCAGCAGCGGUCUUCAGGCACAUCCGACGUCCAGGCUUCCAGCUCCUCUCUCUCAUCCCUCCGGACUCUGCUGUAUCACCCCAUGGCUCUACGUUCGCAGAUGCUGCUUGCCUUCUUCCCGAUACCUUCCGCAUCUUCAAUUCAAUAUACCUCCCCGCUCUCGUACUAACCGCCAUCGUGCUCCUAUACCUCGAUAUCUCACCCGACCGACAUCGUCGCCGUUUCUCCACUCUCUCACCUAUCUCUGCAACCAGGAGCAGACCGAGUUCCCCGCUGUCCGGGCCAGAAUCUGCAAUCUGGACAAACUGGUCCCCGCGGAGGUCAAGCGGUCCGACAAGUCCGGCAGCGGCACUCCCAGUACGUGUCCCCAGCGGAAAGGAAAUUUUCACAUUUCGUGCCUUGUCGUCAGCCCCUGGAUCACCGCAUGACUCUCCGCUCCUGAGUCCUAUUCCGCUUUUCCAUGCCGGGCACGAGGAUGAGAUGCAUCCCCGCACAUUAUCCUUCGCAGCAUCACAGCGACCAUGUCUGGCCUUCAGGAGAGGACGUUCACGAAACACCAUCGUUCCUUCCCUCACCGAGCGCACGUCGAUCGGAAAGGAAAUGGCCGUCAUGGAGCUGGAGCUUCGUGUUCGGAGGGAGGCGGCGGCGGAUAACGAUUACGCUGCCGACAUGGGAGGCGAUGAAGAAGUUUUGUACAUCUGACAACGGCGACAGUAUGAGCAGAGGCAAGCGGAGAGGGAUGUUGUGGAGGUUGGGGCGUGACAGCGUGAGCGUUGCGCUGCCUUCUGUUGUUACGUGGGUUUUGAUUGGCUGGCUGUUCUUUUGAGACGGUGGUGUUUGCGAUUGACGUUAGCUGACUAUCUACUUACAUGGAUCUCACACCGUAUAAUGAAUUGUGUAGUGUACGCUGCAUCGCAGUACUUGGUGCGCACGCUUUGACAUAUCACGUCGACAUUACACAUUACGGUAUACUACAAUUGAGCGGACUGAGUAGCGAUGUCAUCCAUAGUGCUAAUAGCAUCCCGCUAGUAUACUAAUACAACAAAGUCACAAUGUAACCUGCGACUCCCAACA